AGAUCAUUUAUUUCUGCCAAUGAAUCUUUGCAAUGUCAUAUACCUCUCUUCCUCUAUCAGCGAGGCUGCUGGUCGCUCUUGGCCCCCCAGCUACUAUCCUGGCCACAGCGAGCGUCUCACCCCGCGCGGCGCUCUUUACGCCCCUGGCCUUUCUGCCUACAGCCUGGUUCUACAAGAAAUGGCAACAGAGGAUCAAUAAUGAGUCUACAAAAUCCGAGAAGGAAUCGUCAGAAUCAGAGCUAGAGCCAGAAUCACAGCUAGAACCCUUGGUUUGGACCUUCGCCGCCGCCAGCACGCUGGGAAUCACGACCGCAGCAGCGACGCAGGGCGCCAUCUGCGUGCUGGCCAGCAAACUCCUCUUUCCAUCGCAAGACGUGCGCAGAACCUUCUGGGAAGAGUUCCGACGGGCUUCGAUCGCAGAUCUCACGGCAGGGGAACUCGCGUCGCGCACCCAGCUCGCUUCGUCGUGGCAGAACUGGGCUUUCAACGCCGUGUUAGCGUUUCUCGCGGCGGGGUUGAUCGAGGAGAUUAUCAAAUUCCUGCCUGUCGUAUAUGCCAGAAAGAAGAAAGCCAGCAAGUCAAAGCGAAAGUCGAAUACGUAUGUGGACUACGCCAUCGCGGGAGCCCUGGGAUUCAGUCUCGCAGAACAGAUCGGAUUCAUUUACGUGGCGUGCGAACCAGGCCAUGAAACAGGCUGGAUUCUUGUCCGCACCCUGGCCGAACGGGCUGUCGGGUCUCUAGGUCAUCUGCUUGUCGCCUGGUUGACGGCGUUACGGGCUCGGGAUCAAAGAACUACAGAUGGUAACGAUUCCAUGCCCUGGUGGAAGGUUGUUGGUCCGUCGGCACUCCUGCACGGCAUGUCGGAUAUGAUUGUCUUCUCAGCCAGUGCGGUGGCAGGCAACGUGGGUUUCAUCCAUCCGAGUGGAAGCUUGGCUGUUGCCAUGAUCGGUCUGGCGGGGAGUGUUUGGAGUGUAGCAGGUUGGAUGGUAAGGAGAGAACUUCAAUAUGCCAGUACAGUAUAGUAGUACAGGAUAGUAUAGUAUAGUAGUGUAUAACCUCAUCUCAAUUCCUAUUUACUCAUUGCAUUAUUCAUCCCAGAAAUUAUACGUUGUCGGCGCUGGAUCACUGGCAUACCGCUCCCUCACCCCAAACAAGUCGCUCGUCAGAUUCGGCGGGUUCGACGUGCCUGUCGGGCCAAGCGGUUGAAGCAGGAAUACGCAUCCGGAUUCACGGUAGUGGUCUCUGGUGGCUUUCCAGACGUAGCUGUAUGUAUUGGGGACGUCAUCCUCUAAUAAGACUGGAACGUCGCAUGCUUCGUAGAGCGAGUUCCGGGCUGUCACCACGUCCCAGGUGACGUUUACCAGGUCGCCGACGAUGAAUUCAUCAAUAGAGGCCGUCGGAAAGGUGAAGCCCUCGGCC